AUGAAGUAUGUUACACAAGAAGGCAUUGUUAAUCCAACAGGAAAAACAGAUCACCAAUUUGUUAAAUUUCAAAAUAAUAAAUUAACAUUAAAAUUAGACAAUAUUGAUAAUAAAUUUAAUUUAACAACGGGAAGUGACAAAUACAAUCGGUCCAGAAAUAAUCAGCAAAAAAAUGUAAUAGAAUUACGCUAUGAUCAUGAUAUUGCAGCUUCAAGUUCAGAAAAUGUUCAUAUCAAUACAACCCCUUUACGUUUAAAUGCUGCAAGAAGAUCACAUAAUAUUUCAUCCUUUACACAAAUACCUAACAUUUUAAAUAAUCAAGACAUUAGAGAAGCAGUAGAAGACAAACAAAUAUUUCAAAGUGUUAUAUCUCAUAAUAAUUCGAAAGUUAUCAAUAACAAUGUUUCUGUUCGUGGUGGAAGUCGAAUUGAAAAGAAUAAAAAGAUAAAUGUAAUGAUUAACAAUAAUGAUAUAUCAAUACAACCUAACUACCAUACUAGAAAUUUAAAUUCCAAAUCCAUGCCAGGAAACUCUGAACAUACGAAAAUUUUAGAAAUACAGACUGGAAGUCAAAAUAUUAAGAAGUUAAAUAGCUCUAGAAAUCGACAUAAGAUUGAUAUGACUAAUAAUGAUACUUUAAAUCGGACUUCGCCUAUUUCAACAAUCUCUGAAUUAAUGCCAAAAACUAGAAAUAUUCAAAGAGCAAAGGCUGUAUCAACAAUUAGACCCACAUUUAAAUCUAUAACGCUACCUUUUGUUACCUCGAGAACGAUAUUAAAAUCGACUUCUUCACAAAGACCAACAGUAAAUGUUGAAAUGAAAAGAAAUAUAUCUGUUGGUAAAACUUCUAGACAAAAUAAUCAAUCGCGUAGAGCUUCAAAAGAAGAUUUUUUUAAUCGUGGUUUGGGAUUCAGAGGAAGAACACCGUCGAUUUCUAGAACAGAACAAGGUAAAAUUCCAGCAAUAAUAACAUCAACGACAACUACUCCAAUUUCUGCCAUAACAUUUAAAACUGAGAAUACUGCACAUGGAAAUCCAGGAUGGACAUUAAGAAGACGUCCCGGACAUUGGCGUGCUAAUUCAUCAUCUCCAGUAAUAUUUAAUUCGGUUGAAAUACCGACUUUAGUACAAACAAAUAAAAUAAAUUCAACUAAAGUGAGUAUUUCAAAAACUAUGAGGAGAGGAAAUAAAACGUUUGCAAAAAUAACAGAUGGAAGGAUAAAGGAAGAAUUUAGUGAAAUUGAUAAUUACCCACCUGAGUUCAAAGCUAGAAUAUCGCAAUUGCAGAAAACCGAUAUACAUAUGAGAUCAUCACUAAACGUCAACAAAGUGACAGCACUAGAAUUAUUUGCAACUCGUUCAAAAAUCAAAUUGGACAAUGCUCGUAAAUUAGUGAAGCCUGAAUUACUCCUCGAUGAAACAAAUACACAUCAAGAAAUCGUUAAUCCACUUUCAAAAUAUAUACAUAUUAGAGAUCAAAAUAUAAGGAAAUUAAAAGAUGACGAAGAUCAGAAUACAUUAAAAAAUAUGCAAAAAUUAAUUUUAUUUACUGAGAGAUCUCGAUGGUACCAAACAACUUCUAUGAAGUCUAAUUGGGAAACUUCUAAAUUGAAAAAGGAUUUACAAGAUUCUCAAACAAGAUUUUCGAGAUAUAAGCAGACCCAAUUAUAUACUGUCAAUUCAAAAAUACCAUCUAACAAUAUUAUCUCAACUAUUGAGAAAAGUACUGACAAAAACAUUUAUAAAAAUAAAGCAACCAAUUCAACACAAUUAGAUCAAUAUCAGGAACACAAAUAUAAAUUAAUAUCUAAAUUGACAGAAAAUAAGUUUCGAGGACCGAAAUCAUCUCAAAUUGAAGAUAAAUUUCAAGAUAAGUUAUUUCCUACAACAAAAUUAUCUAUAAUUAUCAAACCUCGUAAGAUUCUUGGAUUAUCAAAAAAUGAUAAAAGUUAUGUCGAGGACGUAAAGGUCAUUGCUUUAAAAUUCAGAAAAAGUCUUGAGAGUAUAGAAAAGAGUCAAAUACAUAAAUUAGUGAAAAAAAAUGAUUCUAUGGAUGGUCCAACAACUUUAUUAACAACAAUGCGAACAAUUAAAUCCUUCUCAUUCUCGACACGAUUAGCGAAAAUGGAUAAUACUAACUCCAUUAGUUCAUCAACAAUGAAGAUAUUUGAAAACCAAAUGCCACCAGCAUUAAUACUUUCAUCAACCUUUCCUUCUUUUGACACCAAAACAGUAAUGCAAAAUUUUACUGAACACGAAAUGGAUACAUCAGCUUAUAAUAAUAUUUUAACUGUACAUGAUAGCCUAUCUUUAAAGACUAACAAUUUUUUUACAAAGAAAGCUCAUGCCAAAGGAGAAAUGCAAUCUGAUUGGAAUGUAUUUAAUAAUACAGUUAAUUCAACUAUUAGCCAUGAUAAAUCCAGUGCAGCAGCUUUAGUAAAUUAUACUGACUCAACUGUAUUUGUAGUUUAUCCAUCGGCAAUAGAGAAACCGUUGAGUAUUGCAAUUACUCCGAAGUCUUUUGAAAAUCAAACAACUGUAAAACCGGAGGGAGAAUUAUUGAGUCAGCAGCUAUCGGUAACACAGAAGCCUAUUAUUAACGGGACAGUAUGGAGCAGUAAUGAUAGCAACUCAACUACUUUUUUACAAGAAUCACUUCCACAUUCGCAAAAUAUAAUAUUUGGAAAUACUAAAAGUACAAAUAUUUUUAAUCCAUCAAAAAGUACAGCAAUUUUUAAAACUGGGAACAAUACUAUAUUGGAAUAUUUGAGGAGUACUGUAGCUCCAUUGUGGAGUACUCGAGGAUUUCAAUCGCCAGCAGUUUCCAAUAUUUAUAAAAAUUCAAAUAGUGUGAAUUCCUUAUCGAGACUUAUUCCAAAAAGUGCACUUUCCAAAUUUAGUGCCAGAUAUAAAGGUACCGAACUUUAUUUAAGAAGACCAACGCCUACAAAUUUUUCUUUAUCUCAGCAUAAUGAUUCGACAACGCAAAUAAAUGUUAUGAACGCUGAAAAUUCGCAGAUAUCAACGUUAUAUCAAUCCACGAAUAUUACCAACAAUGAAAAAACAGACGUACGUCAGUUAUGGGUGUUUGGUAAAGCUAUCCCUAUUAGUAAUGUUAUCGCUAAUAAUCCUUUCAAUGCAAUGAAUUCUAAUAAUAAUGUAUCACAAAUAAUGCCAGUAACUAUAUCAAGUAUUGUUAAUGAUACUCAUUUUUCAUACGCUGAUAAUAAAACAACUGUUUCUCUUCAUAUAUGUAUCCCUACACCUUUUAUAUCGUCUGUGUCAUUAAAUAAUAUUGAUUCUAUUAGUAAUUUAACUGAGAACUCGAUAGUUGCGAAGGUAACUCCAAUACAAAAAGAAUUAAAUACUUUCGAACAAUCAACAAGAAGUAUUGGAAUCAGACAAGAACCAAUAAAUAUUACGAAACUAGAUAUUUUAGAACAAGAAAAAGCAAUUAUUGUUAAUAAUACAAUCGAUGAAAUAUCUACGUUUGCACUUAUAAAUGAUUCAAAUAAUAUAGCAUCUACUAAUGUACCUACUGUGAUCGAAUCAAAUACAAAUUUUACAACUGUCAGUCCAAUUAUAUUUAACCAUUUCCAGGAUCCUACAUUUGUCACCGCUCAAAGAACGGCCAAACCAACUAUUUCAGAGAAUUUGAAAAAUAUACAUAGUAAAAUGAUUUCAUCUACAAUAAUGUCUUCUGCGCCAACGUUAUUAACUAAUAUUCCAAAUUCGGUUAAACAAACAUUAAAUCCUAAUAUUGAACUGAUCAAUUCAUCUACUUCAAGACCUAUAAUAAGCUUUAAUUCAUCUACGAAUGUUUCGUUAAGAGACUAUUUAAUUUAUGGAAUAUAUCCAAACAAAACUAUAGUCAGAAAACGUCCAGAGAAUAAUCUUAUUUAUUCAAGAAACAUUAAUAGUCCUUAUGUUAUAUUUGGAGUAUAUCCAAAUGGAAAACUCGUUCGUAAGUUUCCCAAUGGAACAUUAAUACCAGAUCCUACCUGUAAUCCAGUGGAAAUUGUAUUUUCUCUUGAAGCAAAUACUACUAAGAAGCCUCAUUUAUUUAAUGAUCAAGCUAAUAGUCUAGGUGUACGUAAUAGAAAUACUGAUAUAUCUAAUAAACCGAAACAUGAUGCCGCUGUCAAUACACAGAAUAGUUUCAACAUGCUGAAUGAAGUUGACAAUACUCUAGGUAUCAGUGGACUCACUGGUUUUGAUCUUCCAGUCGGUAGUAUUGACAGCGACUCUAUAAAAACGAUAGCAAUGGUUACCAGUAGUACCUUACCAGAUAUCAUCAGUAGCCAACAAGAUCGACAUAUUAUUGAUAGUUAUCAAUCAAAAGAUGAAUAUCAGCAUGAUAGAAUAAGUGAAAAUAAAGGUCAACGUAAUUCUGUAAGCUUACAACAGGACGGCAGUAAUAUACAAAAUUUAACUGCUUCAGUACGCCCAGUUAAAAAUAUGAUCGAGAUAUUAAAUCCGAUAUCAAGCACUAUUAACUCUUUAAUUGAUACUCCAAAAAAGACAACAAGGGCAACAAUCAUUUCAGUCCCAAAAAUAGAAAGUCCUACUAUUCCAGCAACUACAAGAGUAACGACUCCAACCGCGUUAUCACCAAUAAUGGAGAAUCUAAAAACAAUGAUAACAGAAGCUUCGGUAAUGACACAUACUCCAAUAAUAUCAAGUGAAGAAUUAUUUUCGACGAUUGAAUCUCCAGUAACAUUAAAUCCAAACGCUUUUGGCAAUACAUUUGAUGAUCUAUCUUUCCUAAAUACUUUGAUCCUAUCUCUUGUACUUGGACGAACAUUAACAAAUAGUGCUUCAUUCCGUUCCCCAAAAGCGAUUCAACUAUCAAAUGUAUCACCAAAUUCUUAUCAAAUGAACACACCUCGUAAAAUGGCUAAGAUGUCGUCAAGUCUGCUUAGUUCAUCUUCUCAGCCUACAGUCAUCGGUUUAGUACCACUAUCCACGACAAAGCUACCUGGUAUUGAAUCUACAAUGCCUUAUACAUGGAAACCUAUUAGAACUUUUUCUGGUUACAAACAAUCCUCUGUGAUAUCAAUGGGAACUGUAACUCCUAGCACGAUGCCAAUGACUUCCAUGACUACAUCAAGGGUACCAAAGAUGAGUAAAUCAUUAAAUUUACACUUUACAUCCACAUCGAAAACAUUACAAUCUAUGUUGGGGCAUUUGAAAACAAUGACGACUUCAGCAUCCGCUAAUAUAAAUAAUAUGCCGAAAACUACUAAACGAUUUAAACCAAGCACUACAUCUAAGGUUCCUCUUUUUGCACCACUUGCAUUUGCAACUAAUUUCUUACGAACAAUAUUUGGAAGCAAUCCUUUUGCAUUGAAAACUACAAGGCCGAUGAUUAAAAAGUCAGCUUCAACUCUUAAAACGUUAUCUCCAACGGCACAAAAUAUUACAACUGUAGCUUCAAGAUCAACAGUUAUUUCGAUCGAAUCAGUAGAACGACAAAAUAAUUCAAAAUCUAUUGAUACAUCAACAAAUGUACUUACUAAUAUACAGGGUCAAACAGACACAAUUUACAAUACAGUUUUUGCUAAAGAGAUGACAAUUGUAACACCAAUGCCGACAAUUACCGAACAAUCUCCGGCAAUAUAUUCUUCUAAGGAUGAUACUAAAUUUUUAUCGACUUUUCUGCAGAUUACUCAAAAUAUGAAUGGCAGCAGCAAUGAACCAGCAAUGAAGUCUCAAUUUAAUGACCAAAUCAUUGAACCAUCCACGCCAAUCAAUUUACUAAAUGAACAACUUCAACAAUCCAAUGUUGGUAAAGCAAUCCAAUCUUCUACAGCAAGAGCAACAACUAUAUCUACAAGAACGACGACAAAAUGGAGAUCCUCAAGCUGGACUUAUCCUUCACCCCUGUUCGGAAAUUUCGAUGGCUUAAGCAAUGGAAGUUCAUUGUACCAAGAUAAAGGAUUAGUUCGUAACCAAGUACUCAAUGCCGCAAUUAGUAUGACACAAACAUUUGGUAAAUUCCUUGGUGCGACUAUUACGGGAGCCGCGCAGCAAUUCCAGUGGUUUAUAAGAAACGGAACUAGAUGGGGAUAAGUUAAUUGUUGCGAUACAUUCGAUGAUAUACGU